CAAAAUGAAAUUUAGCUUCCGGAAGUGAGGAACAAAUGUUGUCGAGUGUCUAUUAAAUUUGACUGUGUUGCUUUGUUUGGAAACAAUUAAUGAAUUAUUUAAACUAGACUAAACUAGGUGAUUAGAUCUAGUAGUUUGUUAAAAUUCGUUUAGCUAUGCCUAAAUAUUACUGUGAUUACUGCGAUACCUAUUUAACACAUGACUCUCCUUCCGUCCGUAAAACUCACUGCAAUGGUCGCAAACACAAAGAGAAUGUGAGGUUAUACUAUCAGAAAUGGUUGGAAGAACAAGUACAGAAACUAGUUGAUGACACAACUGCUGCAUAUCAAGCAGGAAAAAUAACAGCCAAUCCAUUCACUGGCCCAGGAAUGCCUGGACCCGGAGGUGUUAUGAUUCCACCACCUGGUGCUCCAAAUAUGCCAAAGCCUAUGAUGGGUGGACCUGGUAUGCCUGGACAAAUGGGACCAAUGAGAGGGCCAAUGCCAGGCCCCCCUGGUGGUCCUAUGAUGCCUAUGAUGGGCCCAGGUCCCAUGGGGCCUAUGAUGCCAGGGAUGCGACCUAUGGGCCCGCCAAUGGGAGGACCACCAAUGGGAAUGAUGCCGAUGGGUCCUAUGAGACCAAUGAUAAGAAAAUAGCCAAGCCACAUGUUUCUCAUUUGUACAUAGCCAUUAACAUUGUCGCGUUUCCUGUGUGUGACUGAAGAUGUUAUUGUUGAAGGACAAUUUUUUUUAAAUGAAUAAACUGUUGAAUGUGAACAAACCA